AGCCAAUUGUUGCACAGCACGACGUCGGGUAGGUAUAAAAGGACUGAGCGGGUGAGUGCGUGUACUUUGAGACGACCGGUAUCACUGACAUCACAUCAUAGAAACAAAGCAUGGAGUUUUGGAAAGUCCUUGUGGUUUUGCUAGUAGUUUUGCAAGGUUCGCUAUCAAAGCCAGUGAGUUCUGAGGAUGAACUACGUGUCAUCGUCGGCAAACUAGAGAGACUCGCAGCAAGCUUAAGGCAGUAUGUAGUUGACGGAAGUAGGCCUGAGUAUUCCAUGAGGGGUAUCGGACCACUGAGCGGGUCUACACCAGAAUUCACUAUCCCCGGUACCAGACCACUCGGACCUUGGGUGCUUGAUAACGAUGAACUUGACCCCUCUCCAACAUACAAUUAUCUGUACAAAAUGAUUGAAAAGCUUCUGAAACCAUACUUCCGCAGCUUUCCAAGUGGACCAUAUAAAUCGGAAAUGCCGUUAACGCCACGUAAUGUUGUUACAAUGCUGAAUGCAUGGUAUAACGACGCUGACCAGAUGAUGCUCAAAGAACAGACUUUUGUUAACGUUGCCAGAGAGCUCUUGGAUGCCCAUUUCCAGUGUGCAACGACAAGAAUCAACCAAAUAGUUUUCUAUGUUUUCAAGAACCAAGUACUUGAAAUGGCCGAGGGUGACUGGAAAAUUAACAAUGGCGUGAGGAAAGUCUUGGAGAAGUGGGUAACGGAUACGACCGUUGUGGACAAAGUCGCCCAGAAAAUUGUUAUGGCAGCGCAUAGACAUGCCUACGGCGACAUUAUGGAACACAUUGAAUAUUUCCAACUUAAUGAUAUUGUGGAAUUCCUUGCAAAAAUGAAAAUGCUCAUGUGGAAAGCUGAGCAGGAAAAAUGGACACCAGUCAUGUUCGAUGAGAAACUGAAUCAACUUCUGACGGACAAUGUCUUCGUAUUUCAAUGUCCGAAUAUGCAUGAUCUAUGGGAAUUGCACCAAAACGUUGUUAGCCGUUUCCAAGAGAGGUUAUCCGAAAUCAAACCCUUCGCUGAGACAGAGGCUUGGCUAAAGAAAAUCCUACCCACAUACACGACUACAGACGCCACUCCCGCCAUUACUGCCAUCCUCCAAGUGUACACGGACUACAUCAAGUCGGCCAUGUUGCACUUUCAACAAGUGGAGAACCACGUGACCAGCGGAAAUGCGGUCGACAUCACGAAUUUCAUGUCUCAGUUCCUCGCACCACAUCAGCUCCAGUAUUUGAAAUCCAUAUUUGAAUUACUUAAUUCUGGGAAUACCCGCUACAUCAUGGAAAUGGGACAGAUGAGGAACGAAAAUACCGCUAACGGACGUUCCAAGGGCAGAUGCACGGAAUUCAACGGGGAAUGUAGAUGAAACCUGGCGUCUGAAUCGUAUGAUGUAUUGGGGUAUCCACACGUGAUCUCCAAAGCAGGCAUGUGAAAACGGAUAUAACUUGCAGAAAAAAAUCGACCCCUAUCGUAGUGCUUUCGAAAACUUUGCUUUGAAAAAUAAAAUAUCAAAUGCCAAA